UCACCGCCGCUAAAAAAAACCAAAAAUAAUAAGAAAAAAAUAAAAUAAAUUAUGAAAAAUCGCAGAGCUAAUACUUAGAGAUCGAGCUCGGCGGCACCGCCCAUGGCGGCGCUCAUGGCCUCCGCCCCCGCCGCCGCAGCGGCGUUGCACCUCGCCCCUCCGAACCCUAACCAUCGAGGAGACGACGACCCCUUCGUCCCCACCAUGGCCGACAUCAUGGCCUCGUCCCGGUCCCAGGGCCUCCACAUCGAGCUCCGCACCGCGGGCCCCUUCUUCCGCGUCCACGCCGUGACCUCCUCGCCGUCGUCGUCGUCGUCGUCGUCGUCGGCGGCGGCGGCGGCGGAGGAGGUGGGGAGGGCGGAGGGCGUGAUUCGGCCGUGGAUCGGGGGCGACGUGCUCCACCUCGACUCGAUGCGGAUGAGCCGAGCGACACUGGGGAUGGACCGGUCCAUCUUCGGCUUAGGGCUCUUCCUCGGCGCCGUCGCGGUUCGCCACGGCUUCGACCGGGGCUGCGCCCGCGCCGAGCUCCUCGCCAUUAACGACUCCCCUCUUUACCACUCCAAGCUUGUUCGAUUCUACACAAGGAUGGGUUUCAGCAUCGUGCACGAGGUGGAUGGAUCGUCGAUCCGAGACCUGGCACACAUGUUGGUGUGGGGAGGUAGAGGGACCAGAAUGGAUGCGGACAUCGAGCAGCUACUUAUUAGAUGGGGCAAAAGGUUUAAACCCAAAAGCUGACACUCUUCAUCUUCUGUAUUAAAGAUAAAUGUACAAUCAAAUUCAGCGAUACCGAAUUACUCGCAAUUACAUCAGAUAUUUUUUGACGAACCAUUUCGAAUGUUAUUUCCAAAGCUUUUGAUUACCAAGAAAGUUUAAAGAUUGCUCUUUACGACGCUGCGUCUUGGUUAUACUCUGUAUGGUUACUUAUAUAGUUUGCUUCGGUACAAUAAAUUGUGUGAAAAAGGAAA